GUACGUACAUGCAGGUUGCUGGAACAGAAGAUGGAAUAAAAGGGCCACAGGCAACAUUCUCUGCCUGUAUUGGAGCUGCAUUUAUAAUGCUUCAUCCGACAAAGUAUGCAGCCAUGUUAGCUGAAAACAUGAAGAAACAUGAUGCAACCGGAUGGCUUGUUAACACUGGCUGGUCAGGUGGAAGUUAUGGAUCAGGUAAGCGUAUAAAAUUGGCAUACACAUGGAAAAUAAUUGAUGGCAUCCACUCUGGGAAGCUUUUGGAAGCAAACUACACAAAGACUGAGAUAUUUGGGCUUGAAAUCCCAACUGAAAUUGAAGGGGUUCCUUCUAAGAUCCUUGAUCCAGCUAACACAUUGUUAAAAGUCAACAAGAGAUAA